AUGGAUAUCGACGAGGUUGACCUGCAGCAGCUUUUUGACAUGAUUGAUGCCGAUGGAUCCGGUUCUAUUGCAGUGGAGGAGUUCAUCGUCCCACUAAGCCGUUGGGUACAUGACUCCAAGACUGCGCCGCGCUUCAUCAAGUACAACUUGUUGCGUGCGAUGACGCAGCAGGAGGAGCUACUGCGGUUCUCGCACGAGAAUUUCAACUCCAUGUUCGAACGGGUUGAUCGAAUGUCUUUGGUCCUUAACAAUCUUGCCGCCAAGCACGGAUGCGCGACAAAGACGUCGACGGUAGCGUUCAGCGAAGGUGCAACAAAAGACCCGGUCUCCGCGGAGAAACUGGAGCGCAAGGCUGACGAGGAGAAGGUUUCUCCCGAUGCCCAUAGUUUGGAGCAGCCACAUGCGUCCAUCCUCUCUCCCCAGCUGAACAAUCUCAAGGGUGACAUGGAGACGGCCUUAGAGGCAGCGCUGCUGGUCUUGGAUGCCGCUUUCCGGGACGCCGCAGAUGCCCUGAAGCAAUCCCAGUCAGUGGUCGAGAGCCAGCUGGGGCUCCUCGCAGAGUCGGUGACAGGUGCAGACAGGAAUCAAAGCGGGCAAAUGAGAAGGGAUGCGCCGGAAACGGGUGACGAGCUUAGAGAUCGUUCGCCACCAGACAGACCUGCAUCGGAACUUGCUUGUGCCUCUUUGACCCGAUCAGGCAAGCCGCCAGCACGACAGCCCGUGGACGUCUCACGGGAUCCAGAUUGGAAGAGAGAGGAGAAACCUGAAAAAGCACAUGGCCAGCAGCAGCAGCAGCAGACCAUCUGA